UUUCCAAACACUUUUUUCUCCGAGCCCCACCAUUCUACUCAGCAUGCUGUGGUGGGUCCUGUCAGCACCCUGCAUCCCCCACUGCUUUUCCAAGAGAGGAAAGUGUGCUGCCUCUUCUGACCCAGGAGUCAAACUCCAAAUCCCGGAGAGGCAUAUUAAGAAGAGCUGUCUUUUCUGAAGACCAGAGGAAAGCUUUGGAGAAAAUGUUUCAGAAGCAGAAGUAUAUUAGUAAAACAGACAGGAAGAAAUUGGCCCUUAACCUGGGUCUAAAGGAGUCUCAGGUGAAAAUUUGGUUUCAGAAUCGAAGGAUGAAAUGGCGAAACUCCAAAGAAAAAGAAGUGCUUUCAAAUAGGUGCCUCCAAGAAGAAGGUCUUCAGGAGAACUACCUCUCACGAUCCACCAUGAAUUUUACCUCCCCAUGCCCAUCUGUGUGGGAAGUGUCUCAGGAGCAGACGAGUCCAAGGUGGAGGGAGAAUUCUCCAGGAAAUUCUGAAAGACUGACUAGUACACAACCGCCUCCAAGAGCAAGUUCAUCACAGAGCCCACGGUAUUUGUAUCCUGACCAAGACACUGCAAACAAGGCAGUUACAUCAUCAGCCUAAGGAAGUAGGGGCAGUUUGUAAAUUGAGUGGAGAGUGCAGGCUUCAAAUGAGCAGUCUUAUGAGACUAACAAUAUUUGGACGUUGCAAAUCUAACUCGUUUAUGCCUCAAAAAAUUGCUAAAGUCUAACACCAUUAAAAUUACAAACAACUAAUGACUUAAGAAGUAUUCUUCAAUACUCAGUCUUUUCUUGUGUUUUUUUUUCCAGUCUUGUACUGACCUUAAAAGUGAAAUAGGAAUUGAUGGCAAGUAAGAUGAAGUGAAGAGCAUGAAGCUGAAGUUGUGCUCUGAUUUAUAUAUCUGCACUGUAUGUGAUAUUCAUUAAAAACACACUGGUAGAAAAUCACUUUUAUCUGUCAUUGUAGUCAGACCAAUUAAUUUCUUUUGUGCAUGAGAUAAGAACCACCCUAUUUCCCUCAA